AUGGUAAAGACGAAGUUCACAAGGAAUGGAAAGGAGGUAAUGAUUUUCGGAGCGAUGAGGAAUUUCGAUUACGGGAGUGACGAAGCGGUUCAAGAGUCGAAGAAGGGUGGAGAACGCGAUGCUUCUGUGAGUUUGCCAUCGCUGGAGAGAUCGAGGAUUCGUAAAAGCGUUGAAGGGAUAUCGAUGUUGGCAUCUACAGAGCAUUUUGAUAAAAUCUGGGAUUACCAAGCAGAGAUAUUGAGGAGCAAUCCUGGAUCAACCAUGGAAAUUGAGACCAUACCAGGAGCCACGGUUGGAACCAAGCAGCGGUUCUACAGACUCUACAUGUGUUUCCAAGCACAAAAGGAAGCAUGGAAGAAGACUUGUAGGCCUGUUAUUGGCUUAGAUGGAGCCUUUUUGAAAUGGGACAUCAAGGGACAGUUGUUGGCUGCGGUUGGAAGAGAUGGAGACAAUAGGAUUGUCCCUAUUGCUUGGGCUGUAGUGGAGAUAGAGAAUGAUACAAACUGGGAUUGGUUUGUGAAGCGUUUGGCCUUGGAUUUGGGAUUGGAAAAUGGGAACGGCUUUGUUAUAAUGUCUGACAAACAAAAGGGAUUAGUGAAAUCAGUUCAUACCCUCCUUCCAGAAGCUGAGCAUAGACAGUGUUGUCGCCAUAUCUACGAGAACUGGAGGAAAGGUGGAAAAGAUCUAAGGUUACAGAGGUUCUUCUGGUUCAUUGCAAGGAGCUACACUCCUGGUAUGUUCAACUACAACAUGGACGAGCUUAAGAACUAUGAUCCUGGCGCACAUGCAUCUCUGAUAAAGACAAAGCCAGAGACUUGGUCUAGAGCUUUCUUCAAGAUAGGCUCCUACUGCAAUGAUAAUCUGAACAACUUGUGUGAGUCCUUCAACAAGACCAUCAGGGAGCCUAGGAAGAAACCUCUGCUAGACAUGUUAGAGGAGAUAAGGCGUCAAUGUAUGACUAGGAACUACAAUAGGUCUAAGAUGGCUAAUGACAGGAAGACUAGGUUCACCCCGAAGACACAUAAAGAGUUAGACAGGGUUGAGAAGAAGUCAAAAGAAUGUAGUCUGCGUUGGGGAAUUGGGCCAGAGACUGAGGUGGAAGAUAGAGACCAGUCAUAUGUGGUGAAUUUGGAGAAUGAGACUUGUGCAUGUCGAAGCUGGCAAAUGAAUGGUAUUCCAUGCAUCCAUGCUGCUAAGGUCAUCCUUGGCGUGGGAAGAAAACUCUCUGAAUUUGUUGCUCCUUUCUACACAACCUCUAAGUGGCGUGAAACCUACAGUUUUGGGAUCAGACCUGUAAAUGGGAUGAUAGAGUGGCCUCGGACCAAUAGAUUAGGUGUGAUUCCACCACCUAAUCGAAAUGGCAAGCCUGGUAGGCCUAAAAACCAUGAUCGAAAGAAGGGAACCAAUGAGACAGUGUCUACUACCAAGCUGAGUCGUGCGAACAGGGUAAUGACAUGCUCUAAUUGCAAAGAAGAAGGGCACUACAAGAAUACAUGUCGGAAGGCUUUUGUUGAGAGCCCACCUAAGAAACCAAGAGGCAGACCAAGGAAACCACCGCAAAGUUCAGUGUUUUUUUGGCCGAUUUCUCAAUAA